CAAAAUUUCUCGCCAAUCUAGUAGGUGCUGUUGCAAUGGUGUCGUCGGUGGGACAUUGAAUGACUUUGACUUGCGAAAAUAUCUGUUAAAUUGAAUUUAUUCACAAGCCGCGAGCAUGGAGGCUCUUAUCCCCGUUAUAAACAAGCUUCAGGAUGUGUUCAACACUGUGGGUGCGGAUAUUAUACAGCUGCCACAGAUAGCAGUAGUAGGAACUCAGAGCAGUGGGAAGAGCUCUGUGCUGGAGAGUCUGGUGGGCAGGGACCUGCUGCCCCGUGGGACUGGCAUUGUAACCAGGCGACCUCUCAUCCUCCAGCUGGUCUAUGUAGAUCCUGCAGAUGCCAGGACAAAGGAUGACAGUGGCAGAGACUGUGAAGGAUGGGGCAAGUUUCUACACACCAAAAACAAGAUCUACACAGAUUUUGAUGAAAUCAGACAAGAAAUUGAAAAUGAAACGGAGCGAGUAUCGGGGAAUAAUAAGGGGAUCAGCGAUGAACCCAUCCAUCUGAGAAUAUUUUCUCCCCACAUUGUCAACCUCACACUAGUGGAUCUGCCAGGAAUCACUAAGGUGCCUGUGGGUGAUCAGCCUAAGGACAUUGAACUUCAGAUAAGAGCUUUAAUCCUGAAAUACAUCUCCAACCCCAACUGCAUCAUCCUGGCUGUCACCGCUGCCAACACAGACAUGGCCACCUCGGAGGCCCUCAAGGUGGCCAGGGAGGUCGACCCUGACGGCAGGAGGACACUGGCUGUGGUGACCAAGCUGGAUCUGAUGGAUGCUGGUACUGACGCUAUGGAUGUGCUGUUGGGCAGAGUUAUACCUGUCAAACUGGGUCUCAUUGGAGUAGUCAACAGGAGUCAGUUGGACAUCAACAAUAAAAAGUCUGUGGCUGAUGCGGUUCGGGAUGAACAUGCCUUCCUGCAGAAGAAAUAUCCAUCUCUUGCCAACAGAAAUGGAACUAAAUACCUGGCCAGGACCCUUAACAGGUUACUGAUGCAUCACAUCCGGGACUGUCUCCCUGAGCUGAAGACGCGGAUCAAUGUCUUGGCAGCCCAGUACCAGUCCCUGCUCAGCAGUUAUGGAGAACCUGUCGAAGACCAAAGUGCCACCUUGCUCCAGCUCAUCACCAAGUUUGCAACAGAGUACUGCAAUACCAUAGAGGGUACAGCCAAAUACAUCGAGACAGCAGAACUCUGUGGUGGAGCCAGGAUUUGUUACAUAUUCCAUGAGACUUUUGGCAGAACACUGGAGUCUGUGGAUCCUCUAGGAGGACUCAGCACCAUAGAUAUCCUAACAGCCAUAAGGAAUGCAACAGGGCCCCGCCCAUCCCUGUUUGUGCCUGAGGUUUCCUUUGAGCUGUUAGUGAAGAAGCAGGUGAAACGCCUGGAGGAGCCCAGUCUGCGCUGUGUGGAGCUGGUCCAUGAGGAGAUGCAGAGGAUCAUCCAGCACUGCAGCAACUAUAGCACACAGGAACUACAGAGAUUCCCUAAGCUACAUGAGGCUAUUGUGGAAGUGGUCACCUCCCUACUGAGGAAGAGACUCCCGAUCACCAAUGAGAUGGUCCAUAACUUGGUUGCGAUUGAGCUGGCCUAUAUCAACACCAAGCAUCCAGACUUUGCAGAUGCCUGUGGAGUAAUGAAUAACAAUAUAGAGGAGCAAAGGAGAAACAGGAUGAGAGAGUUGCCCACUUCAGUGUCCAGGGAUAAGUCUGUUGCCAAAGGCCCAGCUGGCCCAGCUAUGGUUUCUGGCGAGCCCCCUGCAUCUGGAGCAGACAUGGACGCUGCCAAGGCACCAGCAGCAGGACCUCAGGGUGAGCAGGAUGCCAGAGGGAGCUGGAGGGGGAUGCUGAAGAAAGGAGAGGAAGUCCCAGGCUCUGGACCUGGGAGUCCCCUUAAAGGAGCCGUCAACCUGCUUGAUGUGCCUGUGCCAAUCGCCAGGAAACUGUCAUCACGUGAGCAGCGGGACUGUGAGGUCAUUGAGCGCCUCAUCAAGUCUUACUUUCUCAUUGUUCGUAAGAAUGUUCAGGACAGUGUGCCAAAGGCAGUGAUGCAUUUCCUGGUCAACCAUGUAAAGGACAGCCUCCAGAGCGAGCUUGUUGGCCAGCUGUAUAAAUCUGGUCUCCUCAACAACUUGCUGACUGAGUCGGAGGAUAUGGCCCAGCGGCGCAACGAGGCCGCCGAGAUGCUACAGGCAUUGCAGAAAGCCAGCCAGGUGAUUGCUGAGAUCAGGGAAACACAUUUGUGGUGAAGAAACAACAAGGGCAGUUGAACCUGGUCUGUUAUGUCCGCAUCAUGCCCAAGGACUGAAGCUCCAUGGACUUGUGGAAUGUGGAAAUUUUGAAUUUACAACCAUGAUAAUGCACUGAUCCCUGCUCAACAUGUACAGUACAUAGCAUCCUACUGGUUCUUAAGCUAUUCAAACAAAAUGUAAGUAACUGAAGUUGUUUAUUUGAAUUUCUAUUUAAAUACCUGGCAUGGUAAGAAAAAGUAAGUGAACUAUUUGGAACUAAGUGGUUUUCUACACAAAUAGGUUAUAAAAUGUGAUCUGAUUUUUAUCUUGAGUCACAAAUAUAUGACUUAGAUGCAAAAAUAUCUUUCAUGUCUUCAGUAAACUCAGCCAAUGAACAUUCAGAGUGCUGUGGGAAAAGUGAACCCUUGGUUGUUCUUCUUUUGUAGCAAUAGUCUCAAACAGUUGCUUCCUGUAACUGCAGAUCAGACCACAGUUAGUUAUAUCUGUGUGGUAUUGCCUUAAGCACACUUGUCCAUAUUUGACUUAGAUGAAGAUUUAUUUAGAAAAACAGGUAAUUCUAAAUGGUUCACAUUUUCUGCUAAUGUUACUCCUGUGUACAUACACUCUAAUUUUCUUUUUGUACUGUAGUCACCACAUUGCACUGUAUAGAAGGGCCAUCAUUUAGUUAUACAUUGUAUUACCAUUCAUCUUUGUAUUAUUUGGGUGUGUGGAUAAAUGUUUUAAGCACUACUGCUGUAGGAGGCCAUUUAAGUGUGCUUAUAUAUUGCUGCCUACAUGUGAAAUUUAUUGUGCACUGUGUUUGGGUCCCAAAACAACAGGUGUUCUAUUGCCACUUAACUGAUUAGAAAAAGAAUGACUCCUUGGUUUCUUAGACAGAAUUGAAACCACAUAAAAAGUACCUCAUGACUGAAAAA